AUGAGCUCAAAAGCUGCUGGAGCUUCCUGGUGUUUUUAUCCUGCUGACUAUAAGGGAUACACUAUAGGUAAUAUCACAGGCUCUAGCAUUGGAAAAUCAGUCCGCUUAUCAAGAGCACUUUCAUCAGCAUCACUACCAUUCCCUAAACCUUUAUCAGAACUGAAGAUAGAUGUACAAGAAGAAACUGAAACAAGGAUUCGUGUGAAGGCAAAAAAUCAAAUAUACAUUUGUACCUACAAAUUUUGUCAUUUCAGUUUUGACAGUACAGUAGCACCAAUGACAUACACAGACCAAUACAUUGAAAUAACAGUAGCGGUACCAACCAGUAACUUGUAUGGACUAGGAGAACGUAUUGGUACUUUGAAACUGAAACCGGAAGAAGGGCCAAAAAUCACAUUUUGGUCACGUGAUCAACCUCCAGAUCCAGACAGAAACUUGUAUGGUUCUCAUCCCUUUAUGCUUGGCGUAGAAUCUGAUGGCAAAGCAUUCGGAAUAUUCCUACUCAACAGCAAUGCAAUGGGUCUUGUCAAAACGAACCCCGUAUCAGUUAACUACAAAACCACAGGUGGAAUUCUGGACUUUUACGUUUUCCUGGGUCCAUCACCUGACCAAGUAAUACAACAAUACUCCGAAGUUAUUGGUAAGACUAUGAUGCCUCCAUACUGGUCUCUCGGCUUUCAUCUGUGUCGAUGGGGAUACACGAACACUGACAAUCUUCGACUGAUAGUCAAUGAUAUGCGUAAAAAACAAAUACCUUAUGACACUCAGUGGGUUGAUAUAGACUACAUGGACAGUUAUAAAGACUGGACUUUGGACCCUAACAGCUUCAGUGACUUACCAAAUCUUGUUAACGAUUUACAUAGUUACGGAAUGCAUUUUAUACCAAUCGUAGACCCUGGAAUAAGCAAUACUGUAGGAUAUGCCCCGUAUGACGAUGGAGUGCAGAGAGGAAUUUUUAUAAAGACUCAUGACAACUCAAGUUUUAUUGUUGGGAAGGUAUGGCCAGGUAACACUGUGUUUCCUGACUUCACUCAUCCUGAUGCAGAAAAUUACUGGUAUACACAUGCGAAGGCUUUCCAUGAUAAAGUCAAUUAUGAUGGACUCUGGAUUGACAUGAAUGAACCAUCCAAUUUUGUGAAAGGUUCCUUAACAGGCUGCACAACAGGAAACAUUGACGAACCUCCUUUUGUUCCACCUAUUACUGGUGACAUGAUUGACAAAACAUUGUGUACUUCCGCUCAGCAACAUCUUUCAUCACAUUACAAUCUACACAGCUUGUAUGGACAUUUUGAGGCUAAAGCUACUUACGAUACACUUAAGAAAAUUCGAGAUAAAAGAAGUCUUGUCAUUUCACGGUCUACAUUUGCUGGCAGUGGAAAGUAUACCGGACACUGGACUGGCGAUAAUCAUAGUACAUGGGCUGAUCUCAUUUAUUCCAUCUCUGGUAUAAUCAAUUUCAACAUGUUUGGAAUUCCAAUGGUUGGAGCUGAUAUAUGCGGAUUUGCUGGUGCAGUUGAUGUUGAACUUUGUACCAGGUGGAUGCAAUUGGGUGCUUUUUAUCCCUUUAUGCGCAAUCAUCGAGACAGAGAUGGAGAUGGUCAAGAUCCAGCAAGUUCCCUGUUUACAAGCACAUUACCUAUAAUGAAAAAAGCAUUAGAGCAGAGAUACAGACUUCUACCUUACCUUUAUACAUUGUUCUACAGAAGUCAUACAGAUGGGAGGCCAGUUAUCAGGCCUCUAUUUUUCCAAUUUCCACAAGAUCCGAAAACCUAUGAUAUCGACAGACAGUUCUUAUGGGGCAGUGGACUUUUGAUAUCUCCAGUUUUGGUCAAGGGAGCUACAACUGUAACUGCAUACCUUCCUGCAGGAAACUGGUUCGACAUAGAGACUGGUGUGGAAUCAAUGGGAGGAACACAUGUUUUUGAUGCUCCCCUCAGUAAAAUCAAUGCACAUAUACGUGGCGGUGUCAUAAUACCUACUCAAGAUCACGAUGUUACUACAACUAAAAGUCGCACCAAAGAUUUUACUUUAUUGGUAGCACUUUCCACAACAGGUUUGGCAUCAGGAGAGUUAUUCUGGGAUAAUGGCGAAUCUUAUGACACAACAGGUGGUCAAAAUAAUAAUUUUAUUGAAUUCACGGCUGAAAACGCCCGACUAAAAUCCAAAGUUGUACUAUACGACUAUGCAGUAAAGAUGACUCUAGGAUCUGUAGUUAUCUUUGGUGUCCACUCCAGACCAACCAUAGCUAAUUUUAAUGGACACCAUGUUCCUUUUACGUACGAUAGUAAUGCUAAGGUUCUUCGAUUUCAACAUCUUAAUGGAGAUUUAUUGAGGACAUUCACGUUCACAUGGUCAUAAAUUUGUA